CCCACAAAUGUUGAUUUAUUUACAAAAAUAUCAUGUUGACUGGGAUAUUGUGUUGAUUUAUUUAUAAAAAUGUCACUAGAUACGAUUUUUGUUACAUGAAAAUAAAUUGGGGCAAACUCGAAUCCUGUCAAAUUGGGUGAGUUUAUUUUUUAUUUAUUUUUUUCUAUAACAUCUUCGUUAGAUGCUAAGUAGAGUUGCCAAAAGUUGAACCAACAAUAUUUUCUCAAAAUAAGAAACAAAAUUUGUUUCUCAAAAGGUUAAAUUUCUAAAAUUAGAGACAAAACCGCUAAUUUAGUAAAACUGGUACUUUCAAUUGAUGAAUCGUAAACAAAAAAAAAAAAACUGCAUUUAUUUACAGCUUCCUAACUCUACAAUCAAACAGAACUCGAUCGUUCAUAAACUAAAGAUCGGCUUCAAAGCAAACUUUGUGCCUCUCUUCCCAAUUCCACCCAGUCAGACCAAGGGAGCGCAACACAAUGUCCUGCGGUAAGCCAUCCUGCCAAUCAGGAGGCUGCAGUAACUACGACGACGAACGACCUCUCUCUCCCACCAAACCUCCAAUCACCACCAAUGGCCGCCGCCAACCCCCCUUAAACCCUAACACAUGCGUCAAGUGUAAGCUCAACGACGCCGUUGCCGGUGGUUCCGGCGGCGGCGAUGACGGCCGUUUUUGCGCCGACUGCUUCCGUGGUUCUCUCUUCGGAAAGUUCAGGUUUUCCGUCACUUCUACCGGCAUGAUUUCUCCCUCUGAUAAGGUUCUCGUCGCUUUUUCCGCCGGCUCUUGUUCUCGGGUGGCCUUAAAAUUUGUCCAUGAGAUGCAAGAUAAAGCUCAAAAGAACUUUGAAGCGAGUAGGGAUCGAUCUCUUCCUGUGUUUGGGGUGGGGGUUGUUUAUAUUGAUGAAAGCUCAGCUCGGUGUGUUCCAACUGCUGAAGCAGAUGCAGCAAUUCAACAUAUCAAAACUGUUGUCAGUGAUCUUGCCACGCCAGAAAAAACGUUGCACAUUGCUCCUCUUGAAAGCAUAUAUGCCUUAAAUCCUGCUGAUGGUAGAGAGAGGCUGAGAAUGCUUUUAGAAACUAUCAGUGAUAAUACCGGUAAAGAAGAUUUUUUGACGCAUCUUCGUAUGCUAUGUCUACAAAAGGUUGCCCUGGAAAACGGGUACACUCAGUUGGUUCUUGGGUCUUGCACAUCGACUAUUGCUCGUCAUGUACUUUCAGCCACUGUUAAGGGCCAGGGCUACUCCUUACCAGCAGAUAUGCAGUAUGUUGAUGCAAGAUGGCAGGUGCCUGUGUUGCUUCCACUUCGUGAUUGUCUUGCACAAGAGCUCAAUACUCUUUGUCAGCUUGAUGGAUUAAAGACACUAGCGACAGUAAAUGGUCCUCAGUCUGGAAUCAAUGCAUUGGUUUCAUCAUUUGUCUCGCUUUUACAGGAAGAAAAUCCUUCUCGGGAAUGCACAAUUGUGAGGACUGCUGGAAAGCUUACACCUUUCAGUUUUAAUAGACUACCAGAUGUUGAUGACCCUAAGGCACGUCUAGCAUCUCAAAGGCGUCAAAAGAAAUUUAAUAUCAAAUCAGAUGAGCACACUCCUCCAGAAUCGUUCUGUUUACUGUGCAACAGCCCGCUUCAUGCUUCUGACUCCUCAAGCUUAGGCAUUUUUUCUGGUGAGCAGCAGAGUGCCGAGGCAUUUGGAGCGACUUGCUGCUCAAGUUGCAGAUACCAAAUACUUCCUGAUGACUCAUUGUCUAUGGACCAGUUCUAUGCAUUCUUACCCCAGCCAAUAAUGUCCAGAGCAGCAAUCAGUGACACCUCCAGUAACCAUGCAUUGCUAAGGGAGCAAAUCCAGGAUUUUCUACUUUCAGAUAGUGAAGAUGGAAGCUAAGCUCGACAAAUUAGAUGGAUGACUUGGCUCUGCACUGUUUGUAAAAGCCUUUGGUGAUGCGAUUUAGAUGUAUGAUCAGGUCUCACGUCUUAUAACUUGCUGUUUAGUUGACUGGAAGAUGUGCAAAGCCUAACAAGGUGCUGGCUACUAAUGACAAGCUCCCUAUAUUGCUUGGCUUGGCAGCAUCAAAAUUGUAUGCUCAAUCGUUAUGGAGUUGAUUCAACUCUAGCACUAGGAGAGGGUAGACCUUCAAAGUACAGUGACAGUUUUGAAGCAGAAAUAGCAUUGCAGUAUCCAAAAGUUGGUGUUUCUGCUGUAGCUUGUAUUUUACUUAUUGCAAAUUUGCAAUCUAUUUGUGAUUCAUUUCUGUUCUCUA